ACGGCUACCGUUACUCCUCUCUACAGCGCCAGUCCUACCCUGUACGCACGCUGUACAUAAACUGGCGCUACUGAAAGGUUUCUAUGGUGUUCAUCUGAGUAAAGUCAACAACAAGUGAUGGCAUCUCCCAAAAAAAAGACAGAUAAUUUACCUGACUGUUUUAGUUCGGUGCACAUAUUUCAUGUUAUGUUGGUAUUUGUCACAUUUUCUUUGUCAUUCAUGUCCCUCCUUCUUUUUUCUGUCCUAUUGGAAAGAAAGCUCUUACACGUAGCUGUGUCCAAGACCAAUCAAAGAUAUUAGCUGCUUCCUGUCCUGAGACCAAUCAGAGAGCAGGAGAGAUCUUUGCUGCCAAUCAGAGAGAGUACCUGCAGACAGCUCGUAAUCUGCUGUUGCCCACUCCCAGAUGAUCCUCUUAACUCUGAGCGGUGUGUGUGUGUGUGUGUGUGUGAGAGAGUUCAGGUGUGUUUGUGUGUGUGUGUGUGUGUGUGAGAGAGUUCAGGUGUGUUUGUGUGUGUGUGUGUGUGUGUGUGUGCACUCUUUGGCCGUGAGGCGAGCACCUUCUCCGUACAUGGACUUUCUAGAACAUACUUCACUCUUGGCUAAGACGCCGUCUCCGACCGGACACACACAACAGACGCCAUGGAGGACUGACAGGCUUGUUGUCGGGUUGGGAUAGUAUUAGAACACUAUUGUAAAAAUCCUUGGAUUGGAACCAGGAUGGCAUGAGUUAACGUGGUGUGUUUUUUUUCUUCCCCUGAGCCUGUUAGCUGUCGGUCGGUGGAGUCUACUAUGGUACACGCCAGUCCUGUCGGCACGUCCCAGGGCAUGUGUGGUGGAAUAUGGUAUGGUACCUCUGUUGUCACUCUGACCGAGUCGCUCCUCUAGUAGAAGAGUCUGAUAUCAUUGACUUGGAGAAGCGCUAUUGGCUGUUGAAAGCCCAGUCCAGGACCGGACGCUUUGACUUGGAAACUUUUGUCCCGCUGGUCUCUCCUCCUAUUCACGCUUCGCUAAGUGAAGGUUUGUUUCAUGCGUUUGAUGAGAACCGGGACAAUCACAUCGACUUUAAGGAGAUCUCCUGUGGCCUGUCUGCCUGUUGCCGGGGGCCCGUCGCCGAGAGGCAGAAAUUUUGUUUCAAAGUGUUUGACGUGGACCGGGAUGGGGUUCUGUCCCGAGACGAAAUCCACGAGAUGGUAGCCGCACUCCUGGAAGUUUGGAAGGACAAUCGCACAGACACACUUCCUGAGCUGCUCACCAACGUGUCGGAUAUAGUGGAGGGAAUCCUGAAGAUGCACGACACGACCAAGCUGGGUCACCUGACCCUGGAGGACUACCAGAUCUGGAGUGUGAACAGCGCUCUGGCCAACGAGUUCCUCAACCUGCUGUUCCAGGUCUGUCACAUUGUCCUUGGGCUUCGACCUGCCACUGCUGAAGAGGAGGGACAAAUCAUCAGGGGGUGGCUGGACAGAGAGGGCAGACAUGGGCUCCAGCCUGGGGAGAACUGGUUCCUCAUCUCCAGCCAGUGGUGGACGCUCUGGAAAGACUACGUCAAAUAUGACCGCAAGUCCAUCGUGGUGAAUCAGCCCUCUAUCCUCUCCUCUCUGAGGAAUCCUCAGGCCUCUGCGACCGUCGAGCCUGCCCCCCUGGAGCCAGGGGUAGGUGGUCUGGGGGUCCCCAGCCCAGCCAGCACCUCAGAGGAGAGGUCUCCUGAUGCUGUGUCCAGCGCCUCUGAAACCACAGAGACCCAAAGCACAGUGGUGACCCCCCAGGCCGGCCCAUCAGCCACAGAGAUCUGUUUUGCCCGGCAACACAACAUGUCAGACAACAACCAGUGUUUCUCCGGGGCCAACGGCCACAUCCCCUCCCUCUCUCAGUCCCAGCUGGCAGCUCAGAGGCCUGGAGCCAUCGACAACCAGCCCCUGGUCAACACAGACCCCAUGAAGGCCCCCACAUUGACCAUGGAGGGAGGCCGGCUGAAACAGUCCCUACAGAGGGUGGCGGGCAGGGACUUUGAGACGGUGCCAGAGCCGGUGUGGAGGGCGCUGUUCCACUGGUAUGGCGCCAACCUCAGCCUGCCACGACCGGUGAUCCAGCAGACGAAAACAGGCCGUGCUGAGCUGGAGCUCUUCCCACGCUACCUCCUCUUCCUGCGGCAGCAGCCCGCCACACGCACGCCCCAGUCCAACAUCUGGGUUAACAUGGGUAUGACCAGCCUGAGAAUGUUCCCCCAGCAUCUCCCCAGAGGUAACGUGCCCUCCCCCAACGCUCCUCUGAAGCGUGUCCUGGCCUAUACAGGCUGUUUCAGCCGCGUGGGCACCAUCAAGGACAUCCACCUGUACCUGUCUCGGAGGCUACGCAUCAAAGAUGAGGACAUGAGGCUGUGGCUCUAUAACAGCGAGAACUAUCUGACCCUCCUGGAUGAUGAGAACCACACUCUGGAGGGCCUGAAGAUUCAGGACGAGCAACACUUAGUUAUCGAGGUUCGGAACAAAGACAUGAGCUGGCCAGAAGAGAUGUCCUUCAUCGCCAACAGCAGUAAAAUGGACCGGCAUAAAGUUGCUACGGAGAAGGGUGCCACGGGCCUCAGUAACCUAGGCAACACGUGCUUUAUGAACUCUAGUAUCCAGUGUGUUAGCAACACCACGCCCCUCACUGACUACUUCAUCUCAGGAAGACACCUCUAUGAACUCAACAGAACCAACCCCAUCGGGAUGCGAGGUCACAUGGCUAAAUGUUACGGAGACCUGCUGAUGGAGCUGUGGAGUGGAACACAGAGGAACGUUGCUCCUCUCAAACUCAGGUGGACAAUAGCAAAGUACGCCCCUCGGUUCAACGGCUUCCAGCAGCAGGACAGUCAGGAGCUCCUGGCCUUCCUAUUGGACGGGCUCCAUGAGGACCUGAACAGGGUGCAUGAGAAACCCUACGUAGAGCUGAAGGACAGCAACGGACGACCCGACUGGGAGGUCGCCUUAGAGGCGUGGGAGAACCACUUGCUGAGGAACCGUUCCAUCGUGGUGGAUCUGUUCCACGGCCAGCUCAAGUCCCAGGUCAAGUGUAAGACGUGUGGUCACAUCAGCGCCCGCUUCGACCCCUUCAACUUCCUGUCUUUACCCCUCCCCAUGGACAGCUCCAUGCACCUGGAGAUCACUGUCAUUAUGCUGGAUGGUUCUACCCCUGUACGGUUCGGCCUGAGGCUCAACAUGGAUGAUAAGUACACCGGUCUGAAGAAACAGCUGAGUGAAUUGUGUAGUCUGAAACCAGAACAGAUACUACUGGCUGAGGUCCACACCUCCAACAUCAAGAACUUCCCUCAGGAUAAUCAGAAGGUGCGUCUGUCGGUGAACGGCUUCCUGUGUGCGUUUGAGAUCCCUGUGCCAUGGUCCCCCACUUCCCUCACCUCUCCAACACAGACAGACAUCACCCCUGUGCCCGUGGUUAACGGGGUGGCAGCGCAUCCUGGUGGUAAGCCUGGUCUGAUCUCCAACGGCAUGCCCAGCACCAUGGUGCACUGCAGAGAGACCACAGAGAGAAGCCUGGCCAACGGACACGUGUCCCCCGCCCAGGACAGCCCCUUCAUCGGGUACAUCAUCGCCAUGCACAGGAAGAUGAUGCGGACGGAGUUGUAUUUCCUGUCCAGUCAGAAGAACCGUGCCAGUCUGUUUGGGAUGCCCCUGAUCGUUCCCUGUACGGUUCACACCAGUCAGAAGGACCUGUACGAUGCUGUCUGGAUACAGGUGGCCCGUCUGGCCAGCCCUCUACCCCCGCAGGAGGCCAGCAACCAUGCACAGGACUGUGAUGACAGUAUGGGCUACCAGUACCCUUUCACACUGAGGGUGGUGGGGAAGGAUGGCAACUCAUGUGCCUGGUGUCCCUGGUACAGGUUCUGUCGAGGCUGUGCGGUGGACUGUACGGAGGACAGGGCCUCGGUAGGAAACGCCUGCAUAGCUGUCGACUGGGACCCGACAGCCCUGCACCUCCGCUACCAGACCUCACAGGAGAGGAUAGUAGAGGAGCACUGUAGUGUGCAGCAGAGUCGCAGCACCCAGGCUGAGCCCAUCAGUCUAGACAGUUGUCUGAAGGCCUUCACCAGUGAGGAGGAGCUGGGAGAGGAUGAGCUCUACUACUGCUCCAAGUGCAAGACCCACCGACUGGCCACCAAGAAACUGGACCUGUGGAGACUGCCGCCUAUACUGAUAGUACACCUGAAGAGAUUCCAGUUUGUGAACGGCCGCUGGAUCAAGUCUCAGAAGAUCGUCCAGUUUCCCAGAGAGAGGUUUGACCCUAGUGUUUACCUGGCUCCCCGGGAGGCGGGGCUUAACGGGCUACACAGUCUGCAGAGCCGCAGCGAGGGGGAGGAGCUACUGAGGAUAGGAGGAGGAGAAACGGUCUCCUCCAUCUCCGCCCCUGCUGGGUUCCUCAACAUCCUCAAAGCCUCUCCUGCUUCAGGCAGGAAGUCAGCCCCUCCCUCUUCCAUCAGUUGUACCAGCAGCCCCUGCAGCAGCCCCAAGACAGGAGGAGGGUCAGGGAGCACAGGCCACAGACAGACCCGCCUCAGGCUUCCCCAGCUGGGCAGCCGCCACCGCCUCUCCAACAGCAAGGAGAACCUGGAAGGUACCAGGGAGGGGGGCAGCGACUCCGACACCGAGCCCAGGGAGGGAAGACUGCAGGCGGACACGGAGGGUGGGCUCGUGGGAGUGAGGAGCGAGCCGGAGAUGUCCACCACAGACGCGUUUAGCAGCCUCAGUGACGUCAUCGUGAUGAACGGGGACAGCGGUGGCUAUAGCGACGGGCUACAGCGCACGGAGGCCAGUACGGCGCCCAGCACGAACCUAGAGACGCCCACCACCACCCUUCUGCACCAAAGAGACAACAGCCUGGAGAACAUCUACAACUUAUAUGCAAUUUCAUGCCAUUCAGGUAUCAUGGGAGGAGGACAUUAUGUGACCUAUGCCAAAAACCCCAACAACAAAUGGUACUGUUACAACGACAGCAGCUGUAAGGAAGUGCACUCGGAGGAGAUGGACACGGACUCUGCCUACAUCCUGUUCUAUGAGCAGCAGGCGGUGGACUACUCUCAGUUCCUGCCAAAGACUGACGGCAAGAAGAUGGCCGACACCACUAGCAUGGACGAGGACUUUGAGUCUGACUACAAGAAGUACUGUGUCCUGCAGUGAUCAGGAUAACACCCUCGACCCACCCACCUACCCCCCUCAACACUCUGCCUGUGACUCUGAACCCACCCACCUAUCCCCCUCAACACUGCCUGUGACUCUGAACCGACCCACCUACCCCUCAACACUCUGCCUGUGACUCUGAACCCACCCACCUACCCCCCUCAACACUGCCUGUGACUCUGAACCGACCCACCUACCCCUCAACACUCUGCCUGUGACUCUGAACCCACCCACCUACCCCCCAACACUCUGCCUGUGACUCUGAACUGACCCACCCCCUCAACACUCUGCCUGUGACUCUGAACUGACCCACCCCCUAAACACUCUGCCUGUGACUCUGAACCGACCCACCUACCUACCCCUCAACACUCUGCCUGUGACUCUGAACUGACCCACCUACCCCCUCAACACUCUGCCUGUGACUCUGAACCCACCCACCUACCCCCUCAACACUCUGCCUGUGACUCUGAACCGACCCACCUACCCCCUCAACACUCUGCCUGUGACUCUGAACCGACCCACCUACCCCCUCAACACUCUGCCUGUGACUCUGAACCGACCCACCUACCCCCUCAACACUCUGCCUGUGACUCUGAACCGACCCACCUACCCCCUCAACACUCUGCCUGUGACUCUGAACCGACCCACCUACCCCCCUCAACACUCUGCCUGUGACUCUGAACCGACCCACUCAGCCCCUCAACACUCAGCCUGUGACUCUGAACCGACCCACUCAGCCUGUGACUCUGAACUGACCCACUCAGCCUGUGACUCUGAACCGACCCACUCAGCCUGUGACUCUGAACCGACCCACUCAGCCUGUGACUCUGAACCGACCCACCUACCCCUCAACACUCUGCCUGUGACUCUGAACCGACCCACUCAGCCCCUCAACACUCAGCCUGUGACUCUGAACCGACCCACUCAGCCUGUGACUCUGAACCGACCCACUCAGCCGUACACGUGAUGGAAAGGAAAUUACACAGCGCUUCUUCUUCAAGCCAGUCACUGGUCGCCAAGAAACACAAAAUGGUCAUCGCAAACUGAACCACUUGUUUUCGAAUAUCGGCGGAUACCCCCCUUUGUUGUUUUGAAAGGUUGCCAUGGGAACAACAUUAAGCCCCCCCCCCCCCUGUAUGUGUGGUGGAUUACCAUCACAUAAACUGAGAUUGCUUUCCUGUUGUGCAUUUUCCUCCCCUGCAGCCAUCAAAAUAUGUUCACACACCUACAUAAUGUCUGUAUAACUCUAUACAGUAACGGUGGGAUAAAGAUGACUGUGUUGUUUUUAUAUUGGUAUGGGUUCUUAUGUUCCUUCUUCAGUAGCGAUACUGUCAGUACAAAAACCAACUCGUAUUGCUACCUCCACUGUCGCUUGCAUUUCAUUGGCCAAUUGGAACAGUAAAAAUUAACCUCACACACUUCCUAUGUUGAUGUCCACACACACACACACACACACGAUCUCCCUUUUAUGAAGGAAAGAUUCCACAAAAUCGAGGUGUUUGACCUAAAUUUGGCCCCGUUGCCAAGCAACUGCCAAAACAACAAUGUGCAAUUGCUGAUCAAUGUACCCAUAACAAUUGAAUGAGUUUAGGGGGUGUUCAUUGUAAGUUGUUUUAACUCACAAGCUUGAGUUUAAAUCUGAGUUAUGUUUUGGACAGGUGCCAUAGAGGAUGUUUCAAAGAAUCAUAUAUAUAUAUCAUUUUUGUUUUGUUUUCUCUUUCUCCAAAUACUUAUUUUAUAGAGAUGUAUUUUUAUUGUAUUUUUUUUAAUGAACAAUUUGGUUCAUUUAAAGGUUGAUGUCGUCUCCACUGUUUGUCUACAGUACGUUGUAGGGAGCUAGUCUGAUACUGUAAAUGAAUAGGGUACAUCCCAGAUGGCACCCUAAUUCCCUAGUGCACUACUUGUGACCUGGGCCCAUAGGGAAUAGGGUACAUCCCAGAUGGCACCCUAAUUCCCUAGUGCACUACUUGUGACCUGGGCCCAUAGGGAAUAGGGUACAUCCCAGAUGGCACCCUAAUUCCCUAGUGCACUACUUGUGACCUGGGCCCAUAGGGAAUAGGGUACAUCCCAGAUGGCACCCUAAUUCCCUAGUGCACUACUUGUGACCUGGGCCCAUAGGGAAUAGGGUACAUCCCAGAUGGCACCCUAAUUCCCUAGUGCACUACUUGUGACCUGGGCCCAUAGGGAAUAGGGUACAUCCCAGAUGGCACCCUAUUCCCUAGUGCACUACUUGUGACCUGGGCCCAUAGGGAAUAGGGUGCCAUUUGGGAUGCAAGCUAGGACUGCCUGUCAAAUUACCAUGUUGUAUCUAGUCCUCACCUCACAGCUCCACUCUCUCAUCAAUACCAUGUUGUAUCUAGUCCUCACAGCUCCACUCUCUCAACAAUACCAUGUUGUAUCUAGUCCUCACCUCACAGCUCCACUCUCUCAACAAUACCAUGUUGUAUCUAGUCCUCACCUCACAGCUCCACUCUCUCAACAAUACCAUGUUGUAUCUAGUCCUCACCUCACAGCUCCACUCUCUCAACAAUACCAUGUUGUAUCUAGUCCUCACCUCACAGCUCCACUCUCUCAUCAAUACCAUGUUGUAUCUAGUCCUCACCUCACAGCUCCACUCUCUCAACAAUACCAUGUUGUAUCUAGUCCUCACCUCACAGCUCCACUCUCUCAACAAUACCAUGUUGUAUCUAGUCCUCACCUCACAGCUCCACUCUCUCAACAAUACCAUGUUGUAUCUAGUCCUCACCUCACAGCUCCACUCUCUCAACAAUACCAUGUUGUCUCUAGUCCUCACAGCUCCACUCUCUCAACAAUACCAUGUUGUAUCUAGUCCUCACAGCUCCACUCUCUCAACAAUACCAUGUUGUAGCUAGUCCUCACAGCUCCACUCUCUCAACAAUACCAUGUUGUAUCUAGUUGUAUCUAGUCCUCACAGCUCCACUCUCUCAACAAUACCAUGUUGUCUCUAGUCCUCACAGCUCCACUCUCUCAACAAUACCAUGUUGUAUCUAGUCCUCACAGCUCCACUUUCUCAACAAUACCAUGUUGUAUCUAGUCCUCACCUCACAGCUCCACUCUCUCAACAAUACCAUGUUGUAUCUAGUCCUCACCUCACAGCUCCACUCUCUCAACAAUACCAUGUUGUCUCUAGUCCUCACAGCUCCACUCUCUCAACAAUACCAUGUUGUAUCUAGUCCUCACAGCUCCACUCUCUCAACAAUACCAUGUUGUCUCUAGUCCUCACAGCUCCACUCUCUCAACAAUACCAUGUUGUCUCUAGUCCUCACAGCUCCACUCUCUCAACAAUACCAUGUUGUAUCUAGUCCUCACAGCUCCACUCUCUCAACAGUACCAUGUUGUUAUCAUUUCCAUCAGCUGCUAGAUAAAAUAAUCUGUGGUAAAUCACUACUUAAAUUGCGCUGUCAUAAGUAUGAUAUAAUAUGUCAUAACACACUAUGAUGGUUAGUGAUUACCCACGUUUCAUAGCAGGUAUGUUGACCGGCGUUAUGGCGUCUUUUUACCAACACUAGGAAGACUACGGUGGUGCACGUGAAGUAUCAACCAUUGCUUGAUCUGUUUGUGACUGGCAGACUGAGACUGGCAGACUGAGACUGGCAGACAGAGACUGGCAGACAGAGACUGGCAGACUGAGACUGGCAGACUGAGACUGGCAGACUGAGACUGGCAGACUGAGACUGGCAGACAGAGAAGCUAACCAAAUGUCUGCUUCUCUGUCUGCCAUACGUGUGUUUCCAUGUCGAUAUGGCAGAGAUGUGACAUAGUCAAGCCAAAGUGUUACAUAGAUUCUACUGGCCAAUCAAAGGCUCACAUUUUUAGUGCUCUGAGAAAGAUUAAACCUGAUUGGGGGCGGUUGUCACUAGUUACCACAGCCACAAAGUCAAAAUUGGCUAUCUUGUACAAAUUCAUGAAUACAAAAAAAAUGUGCUUUUUAUUUUAAGGUUUAGGCAUAAAGUUAGCAGUGUGGUGAGGUUUAAAAACAGAUUUUUAAGAAGAGAAGUUUUAGAAAUCGAUGUAGUUUAGCCAUAAUUAUGACAUUGUGGCUGUGGUAACUAGUGAUGACCGAUUUGGGCAGAAAGACGACAUUAUCAGGAGAUUUUAGUUCAGUGGACUGUCAGAGGAGACGUUGCCCUUUUUGUUCCAAUACUUGAGAAAUGCAUCCUUCCUUACAUUCCUUGAAGUAAUCACAGAGCUGAAGUGGUUGGGUUGGGGAAAGUACCAUGGUGGUAAUCUCAAUUAUAGCUAUCCAAUAACUUAUAGAUAUGUGAUUACCUUAAGGAAGGAAGGACUCAUUUCUAAAGCAUUCAAACAGGCCCAGUGUACUGGAAGAACGCACCUGAACCACUUUUUAUUUUAUUUCACCUUAACUUUAAAGUCAUUUGAUAUAUAUAUAUUUUUUUUUUUUUUGUCUGAUUUUUAGUAGCAGCUCUUCUGUAGAGCGGCCAUCUUUUUACGUUACCUUUUGUGAACAGAUGCCUGUUCCUUCCCUGGAAAACGAUACAAUACUCGACGGGUCUCAUUAUUUAUGAUUUCUAAACGUUCUCUUAUGUAGUGAGGUUGUCCUCCAAGCAAGUUCCAGAUUCAUUCAAGAGAAUGCUAGGUGAAUGCUAGGUGAAUGCUGGGUGCAUGCUAGGUGAAUGCUAGGUGAAUGCUGGGUGAAUGCUAGGUGAAUGCCGGGUGAAUGUUGGGUGAAUGCUGGGUGAAUGCUAGGUGAAUGUUGGGUGAAUGCUAGGUGAAUGUUGGGUGAAUGCUGGGUGAAUGCUAGGUGAAUGCUAGGUGAAUACCGGGUGAAUGCUAGGUGAAUGCCAGGUGAAUGCUAGGUGAAUGCCAGGUGAAUGCCAGAUGAAUGCUAGGUGAAUGCCAGGUGAAUGCUAGGUGAAUGCCAGGUGAAUGCUAGGUGAAUGCCAGGUGAAUGCUAGGUGAAUGCUAGGUGAAUGCUAGGUGAUUUUAAAGCCUCUGACCCCCUUCGAAAGUUGUUGCUGCUAUAUUUUAUUGGGGGGGGGAUUAUAUGAUCAUCAUGGAUGCGCUGGAUAACAUUUCUGUCAUUGAAUGAAAUGUUUUUUUCCUUGUCAGAAAAUGUAUUGUGAGAUUAAUGCAUAUUGAAUUACUUAACGUUCUUUUGUCUUUUUUAUAUUCCCCCCACCCCACACAACUGUAAAACGAUGUCUAACUAUUGAAUGUUAUAGGACAUUUGAUCCAAUAUUUUAAAUACACUCUACAUGACCAAAAGUAUGUGGACACCUCCUGGUCGAAAAUCCCAUUUCAAAAUCACGGGCAUUAAUAUGGAGUUGGUCCCGCCUUUUGCUGCUAUAACAGCCUCCAGCCUUCUGGGAAGGCUUUCCACUAGAUGUUGGAACAUUGCUGCUGGGAAUUGCUUCCAUUCUUCCACAAGAGCAUUAGUGAGGUCAGGUACUGAUGUUGGGCGAUUAGGCCUGGCUCGCAGUCGGCGAUCCAAAUCAUCCCAAAGGUGUUCGAUGGGGUUGAGGUCAGGGCUCUGUGCAGGCCAGUGAAGUUCUUCCACACCGAUCUCGACAAACCAUUUCUGUAUGGACCUUGCUUUGUGAACGGGGGCAUUGUCAUGCUGAAACAGGAAAAGGCUUUCCCCAAACUGUUGCCACAAAGUUGGAAGCACAGAAUCAUCUAGAAUGUCAUUGUAUGCUGUAGCGUUAAGAUUGCCCUUCACUAGAACUAAGGGGCCCGAACCAUGAAAAACAGCCCCAGACCAUUAUUCCUUCUCCACCAAACAUGGAAUCUGCCAAACCCAAAUUCGUCCAACGUCCACCACUCCAGCCGACGCUUGUCAUUGCGCAUUGUGAUCUAAGGCUUGUGUGCGGCUGCUCGGCCAUGGAAACCCAUUUCACGAAGCUCCCGACGAACAGUUCUUGUGCUGACAUUGCUUCAAGAGGCAGUUUGGAACUCGGUAGUGAGGGUUGUGUGAUCUACCACUUCGCGGGCGAGCCGUUUGUUGCUCCUAGACGUUUCUACUUCACAGUAACAGCACGUACAGUUAACCGGGGAAGCUCUAGCAGGGCAGAAAUUUAACGAGUUGACUUGUUGGAAAGGUGACAUCUUAUGACUGUGCCACAUUUGAAAGUCACUGAGCUCUUCAAGUAAGGCCAUUCUACUGCCAAUGUUUGUCUAUGGAGUUUGCAUGGCUGUGUUGCUCGAUUUUUAUACACCCGUCAGCAACAGGUGUGACCGAAAUGGCAGAAUCCACUCAUUUGAAAGGGUGUCCAUACUUUUGUAUAUACCGUGUUACAUCACUUCAUUCCAAUAGAACAGUCCCAUGUUCCAAUGUUUACACUAGCAUACAGUAGCACUUAGAAUGCCUGCCCAAUACAUUGCUUUAUACUAAGUAGUGGGUUAGUGUGGAUAUCCGAACCGUACAUAUCCCAAGUCAAACAAAGCGGCUUUCUACAUUUUGCUUGAGCAGAGUCCCAAAUGGCAUCCCCAUAUACCCUUUGGAGUGCCCUAGUGGCUCUGAACCCUCUGCUGUAUGGGCUAGAUGUGCCCUGCACUGAGACAGGAAAUUAGGACUUUUGCGUCACAAACAGCACCCUAUCCACCUAUGUCGUGCCCUACUUUUGACUAGGGCUCUGGUCAAAAGGAGUGCUCCAUGUAGGGAAUAGGGUGGAAUUUUAUACUUUGCAAUUUACCACAUCUUCAGCACUCUUUACCAGCAGCAAGCACACAGAUGCCGUCCUGGAACCCACGGCCCUACUGGUUCACUUCAGAUCCAGUCAGCUACAUUUUGUUCUGAUUCCAGGCUAGCCAGAAGACAUAUUUAUCUUUUAAAACACUCCUAUGAGCAUUUCAAUCCUGUGAAGCCCAAGGCUAAUUUAUUAACUGACCAGUGUACACCCCUUCCCUCUGUGGCAGGAUGGUAUGACCCGUUGGCAGAUAGUGCAGUCUACUACUGAAUUUUUUUUUUUUUUUUUUGAUGGAUCGGAAAGAGAUGUAAUACAUUGAAAUUAUCUUUUUAUUUUGUAAAAAAGUGUUUAAAGAAUUAAAAUGAUAUUGCACUGACAUUGAAAAUGUACAUAAAGUGUUUUGUAAAAUAAGCCAUUAAAACAGAUGUAUUUGAAUAUGAACUGUAAAAAAAACAAAAUACAAAAAAAUACUGUAGUUGUAUAUGGUGUGAUGAAACUGUUGAUCUGUAACUAAUAUCCAAGCAACACAUUCAAUACAACAGAUGCAAUUAAGGCA